GGCACCUGGAUGACGAUGGACUACCGCACGGGUUCUGCACGGUCACCUACUCCUCCACAGACAGAUUUGAAGGGAACUUUGUUCACGGAGAAAAGAACGGACGAGGGAAGUUCUACUUCUUUGAUGGCAGCACCCUGGAGGGGUUCUACAUGGACGAUGCCCUGCAGGGCCAGGGAGUUUACACUUAUGAGGACGGGGGAGUUCUCCAGGGCACCUAUGUCGACGGGGAGCUGAACGGCUCAGCCCAGGAAUAUGACACGGACGGAAGACUGAUCUUCAAGGGACAAUACAAAGAUAACAUUCGGCAUGGAGUGUGCUGGAUAUAUUACCCAAAUGGAGGCAACCUUGUAGGAGAAGUAAACGAAGACGGGGAGAUGACUGGAGAGAAGAUAGCCUACGUGUAUCCUGACGAGAGGACCGCCCUUUACGGGAAGUUCAUCGACGGCGAGAUGAUAGAAGGAAAACUGGCCACCCUUAUGUCCACGGAGGAAGGGAGGCCUCACUUCGAACUGAUGCCUGGAAACGCGGUGUUCCACUUUGAUAAGUCGACUUCAUCCUGCAUCUCCACCAAUGCUCUUCUUCCAGAUCCAUAUGAAUCCGAAAGGGUUUAUGUGGCUGAGUCACUCAUUUCCAGUGCUGGGGAAGGACUGUUUUCUAAGGCGGCGGCGGGGCCCAACUCGGUCGUGUCCUUUUACAACGGAGUCCGAAUCACGCACCAAGAGGUUGACAGCCGGGACUGGGCCCUUAACGGAAACACCCUCUCCCUCGACGAAGAAACAGUCCUUGAUGUUCCUGAGCCCUAUAACUACGUAUCCAAGUACUGUGCCUCCUUGGGACACAAGGCAAAUCACUCCUUCACUCCAAACUGCGUCUAUGACAUGUUUGUGCACCCGCGCUUCGGGCCCAUCAAAUGCAUCCGCACCCUGCGCGCCGUGGAGGCCGGCGAGGAGCUCACGGUCGCCUACGGCUACGACCACAGCCCCCCGGGGAAGAGCGGGCCCGAAGCCCCCGAGUGGUACCAGGUGGAGCUGAAGGCCUUCCAGGCCAGCCAGCAGAAGUGAACGGCCCGGAUCCGGGGUCCGGAGACCCGGAGUGGAAACUUGGAUCUAUGCACUACGUUUCAUCCGACAACGGGACAUCCAGGGACUGCUCAUGCUGUGACAUCACCUCUUCUCACCCCGCGUUAGCAACGACUUUCUCUCGCAUACUAACUAGGUCUGGCUGCAUUACUCAUCCCAGAUUUAAAAUUAGCUAGCCUCGAAACAGCGUCCUACUGAGAGGUAUUGUCGAGCCGUGGACAUGAGACAGCGUGAUGGUCUUGGGUGGUUCAAGCCUAAAUCGGUACCACAUCCAGAGACGCCAAACGAUGCCACUGAAAAAAGGGAAAGGAGGUUUUUUGGUCAUUUUUUCAGUCAGUGGUUUUUCCAUGAUGUUUUUUUCCUACGGCCGGUGCAAACUGUGCGCUCAUACGUGCAGCUGGGCCGUAUUGAGGCUGGAGAAUGACUUACAUCUUUAUUCUCUAAAUGUAGUAUAAUUUGCCUUUUAACCUUUGAUCUGUAUCUUGCAAUAGAAUGGCUUUGUUUUCUUCCUAAUGACUAGAAGCCCACUUUGGGGUCACUUCGCCCCCCUCGGUCCUAUUCCUCCUAUCUUAGAUCUUCUUUACAAGAGAAAACUUCCCAGCGGAUUUUUUUUUGCGUCAGUAGCAGUGUGUAGGUCUCUCUGACUCUUUCUAGAUCAUUAUUUCAUUAUGAUGUCCUAAUAUAAAGUACUGGCCCAUAGGGCCGGGGUAUUACUAUAGACUAUUAUUCUCGCAUGUGAACAAAGAGAUCUCUGCUUUAAGAUGUGAGAAGAAAUGAAUCGACUUCGUUUGCAUUAAGUUAUGGAAGAGUUGUAAUAUGUACUUUAAGAAAUAAGAGAAGAAAGUUAGUAUUUCUAAGCUGCAACUGUGGCAAUUUGGCAAUAUUCUUUAAUAGUGCUAGUCAUUUUUUUUUCUCCUUGGGUACACCUGAAAUGUACAGUACGUAACACAGAGCAGUCCAGCUUGUGGCACAGCGCAUUGAAUUCAAAAGUCAAAUGGCAAACUUGAGUUCUAAUGGAAUUCAGAUUUUUUUAAAAAAAUCUUUACUACUAAGGCAGACAUACUGAUCACUAGAUACCGAUCCAACCUUGAUGCUAAAACUCUUCAUCAUCGUAAUUUCAAAGCUCUUACUGCUUCAAAGCAUCGUACACUAAGAGUUAACACCUGUAGAGUUUAAAAGCCGCAAUAUCAAUAGCAUUUCAGCCAUUUUACCAGCCAUGUGUAAUCACAACUGCAGAAAUAAGGAGAAAAUCCCUGGUUUUUUUUCUUUUCUUUUCUUUUCUUUUAGUUUAGCUAGAUCUGUAACCUCACUGGGAUUGCUCUGAAUGAAUUCUGAGAGUUUUUCUAUGACGCCCUCGCCACAUGUCACAACCGUGUCUUCUUUAGAGGCUUUGGCGAGAUGGCUGGAAGGUCUGGGUAGCAGUGGUUGCUCUGACCUCGACAGUGGCUCCUUGUCACCCGAGUCAGUUUGGUCUGGAAGACGCAAGGAAAGGCUUCCAAGCGCUAACAGACAGCACACUCCGGCAGACCAAGGGAGGCUCACUGGGUGUGGGAGAAGAGUGAGGAAACGGUUGGAAGGAAGUUGGAAGUUUCUUGCCAAGUGGCACAUAACUUUAUGAGGACGGUCACAAAAGGGCUUGAUCCAGGGUUACUUGCAAUUCUCAGUUCUUCAAGCAUCCCCUGAGCACAGGAUUCAGCCCUCUACAAGGACGGGCUCCCUGGAACUUUGCAGCCAGGUGGCGGUGGCUUCAGAGAGACCCAGGUGGGUCCUCGUUUGAAAGCUUGAGUGAAUGGUUCACACAGGAGAGGAGGUUGUCAGGGCUUCUGGAAAGCUCUCCCACAAAAGAAAAUGAAUAGAGUUUUUAGAUGAAGAGGAACCUGGAUAGGAUCGCUUCUGUUCUGUGGAAAGAGACCGUUCUGAAGCUGUGAUAGAUGGGCGGGUUCUUUGGACUUGUGUCCUCAUAGGUGCUUUAAUCUGAAUGUGUCCCAAAGUGAGAGACUGCCUUCAGGGGAAAUUUGGCUUCCAGGAGCUCCAGUCAGGUGGGAGCCGGGUCGGGAAGUGAGGUCAGGAGAAAAUGGUGCAGCUCACACCUUCCGCGCAGCCAUGCUCUGGGUGAUCUCACGCCUGAGGCUGCCGUGGGUCACGGCUGCAGCAGCGGGGAGUGAUUUGUAUCUCAUUAUCUCAUUCAGAUGGAAUUUCAAAAAAAUGUGAACAGAAGGAAUUGAAGAGUUGUAAGUAGUGAUGAACCCGCUAGUUGAUUCUUCAGACUAUGUAUGGAAUGAUAACACUAAGCUUCAAACUGAAGUGUCUGUGACCUUCAGACCCAUCAGAGCCAGCAGGCCCACGCCCGGCCCAGCCUUUCUCUCAGACGCCUUCGAGUUUCCCGUGGCUUCCGGCUGUUCUUUCUCCUUCCGAGCCUCCUCCCUUCAUAUGUGAGAAGGCUUGGUGUCUCCGUGACAUCAGACCCAGCCUGCCCUCCCCACCUCGCUCUGAUCCCCCCCCUCUGUUCCCUCCUUUCUCCCCGUCUGUCUUUCCCUCUGUGGGUGUCUCGCUGUCCACUGGCUGGCGUCUCUGGCUUUGUCUCCCCCGACCCCACCACCCCUCA